AUGUCAUCAAAAGAUAAAGAUAAAAAGAAGAAAACAGCUAAAUUGGAAAAAAAAGACACUAAGAUUUUAAGUAUUCCUGAUUUAGAUCAAUCUCAAUUGAUAGCUAGAGUAAUUAGCAGAGGAGGUGAUAAGGAAACUAAAAAUAUAGGUAUCAAUUUUAUUAGAAUCAAAGCUAAUAAUGAGGAUGAGAUGCAAACUUUCACAUAAUCUCAUUCUAAUGGAGUAGCAUAAAUGAAUGAUUUUUAGGGAAUUCAAAGUCAAUAAUAAUUCAACACUAAUUUUCUAAGAAACAACGAUUAUAAUACUAAUAAAUUCAUGUCAGACUCAACAUAUGAAGAAUAUCGUGGACAAUUAAAUAAUAGUCUUUAUUAUUAAUAGUAGACACUAUCAAUGUAAAACUAUGCCCAAUAGUAUCCCUAACAAUAUUAUCAUAUGGGAAAUUAAGACUAAAUUGAUUAUAGAUAUGAAAAAAUUAGGAAUUAGAUUAAUUUAAGUUUGUUGCCAAAGAGACAAGAAAUACUUUAUUAAAUCUAAAAGGUUAGUACUAUUAUAUGAUGAAUUAGAUAGAAAAUAGGAUUGAUGAAAUCAAAUAUCAAACCUAAUAAAUUGAAAAUAUGACUAGAGAAGAGUGUGAUUUUAUAAUUGAUAGAUUAAGAUCAGCAGAAAAUUAAAAACUUUAAAGAUUAUACCAAGAUAAAGAUGAACUUAUAAGGUAUGAAAUUGAAAUUAUAAAUUUCAAAGUAAUAUUGAAUAAAUUGAUUCUCUAUAAUCUUAUGCUUUAAAUAAUUAGGAACAGAUUCCUUAAAGUAAGAUACUUGAAAACAUUGAAAGAAUUGCUAAUUAAAGAAUCAAAACCUAAAUUGACAUUUAUUCAAAUGAUUUACCUCAAGAAUUCAUUUAAUUAAAAUAAUCAUACUAAUAAAAUAUCAUUUAAUAAUAGUUGAUAGAAUUUAAGAAUGAAGUUAUUUGGAAAUUAGUGAAUGAUUCUAAAAUAUAAAUAUAGAAAAUUUAAGCAGAUUUAGAAUAAUAAGUAUACUAAGAAUAUUAAAAAUGGUUAAAUAAUGAGGAGAAAUAUAAAUAAGAAUUAAAUAAAUAUAAAUUAAAAUGUACAUUUUGUGGAGUUAAUUUUGAUUAUAAAUAGAUUAAUACAAAUUGUCAAUCAAAUAUUUAAAAUGCAAGUAAAUUUUUUAUUUUAAAUAGAGCUUUAAUUUGAAUGUGAAGAGAUUCCUUAAGAAUAAUAUAUUGGUACUUAUAGACAUUUUUUUAGCAAAAGUAAGGAACUUUAAGAAUCAUAAAUGCAAAUCUAAAAUAAAAAAGUAUGA